CACAGCCAAAUUGAAAAGAGAAGACGGGACAAAAUGAACACUCUGAUUGACAAGCUGUCAGACAUGAUUCCAACUUGUAACCCAAUGUCUCGGAAGCUAGACAAACUGACUGUGCUCAGAAUGGCUGUGCAGCACCUCAAAUCCCUUAGAGGUACCAGAUCUUACUAAGAACCAUAGCUAAAGUUGAUUGGUUGAACCUUUCAAAUCACAGCAUGAAUCGGAUUCUCUACAACUGAAGAGCAUUUAUAUUUCUAUUAUAUCAGGCUUAUUGCAACCAUACUUCCACUCUUAAACACUCAUAUAACAUUAGAGAUUGAGAAGUAUAAAACAUGUUAUGCGUGCUUAAAACUGUUACUAUUACUUUGUUGGUGAAUGAAAAACCGACAGUGAUCACAGAAAUAAUUUAACAUAUAAUAGUAAUAUUUUAAAAAUAAUAAUGAAAAUGAACCAAUGAAAAUCGAACAUUGCUUUUGAAUUUCAUUUCAAACUUGUGAAUCAGGCCUUGGUGGCAUUUAAAAAAAAAAAGAUUAAAACAUUUUACCUUGAGGACAUGUUUUUUUUUUAGCAUCGGAGGUGUCUUCAAACUUUUAAGCAGUCUUGCAGUUGUCAAAAGAAAUUAGAAAGAAAUUUCUAGACGGGCAUGUCAAAGGAAUAUGGCCUCUCCAAGCAGCUUGGUAUAUUCAAACAAUUAAGAUUCACGUGACUUUAGCCAACUAAUCAGGACAUGGCCACAGGAGAAAAAAUGAUGACAAAUUAAAGAGAAUAAAUACUGUAUAUGAGUGACAAAAGAGCUGAGGAAAAUCUUCCAAAAAGGUCAAUUCCAAGGCCAUGGUCCAUCGAUGUCAGAUUGCAACAUCCGCCGUCAUUUGAGCCAUAGGAGACUUUAUGAUAAUGAGAAACAACCAUCACCGUUGAUUACAUAUCGGGAAAAAGGCAUGACUGAAAUUUGCCAAAUUGCAUGUUGACUAUCUAUUAAGCUUCUGGAAUAUGGACCUUGACCAAAAUCAAAAUUUUGGCAUAGUACAUAGAUGCAAAAAUCAAACAUCCAAAUAAUUGUACAUUGUCCCAACUAUAAAACAUUCAGCAGCCUCUGUUUUCCUCUGAGGCUUUGUUUUUUUUUUAAAUACCUGGCAGAGGGGUUCCCUGAACGGCAUGGUUGAUUGAAUUCCAAAACCGCUUUUGGACUGUAGGAAUCGGAGUACUUAGUUCCUACGGUAUAUCUAUCGGCCUCUCCAGUAGUUAUAGGAACUAUCCUUCGCCAGGCCCAGUGUUCAUGGGUACUGUGCCUGAUACAAACUGCUGUGACGUUGUAGUCUUGGCCAGUGACGCAUUAUUUACACGCCACACACACCUCUAGCAAAAUAAAGCCAUGCAAACUAAGCUGAACGGAAAACAGCGAAAUUGACACAGUCAAGGACACAGAGCAAUUCUUUUAUGUUUGAAGGGAAUGGUUUCCAUUGGCAAGCUAAUCCAGUGUGUAACGAUCAGACUGGGAGAGCACACAGAUUUAGUACAGAGUAGUUUUUUUUUUUUUUUUUUUUUUAAUGUAAAUAUGGCAGCUCCUCGAGACGUGCGAGUAUGGAAGGGGCGUAACAGCUUAUUUCAGCCAAUCACUAAACACCUACGUAAUUGAGAUCCUACAGCCCAACUGAAAGUCCCUACCUAAGGGUAGGAGCUAGGAUGGUUCUGGAAACUCAAAUCCUACAUGUGCAAACACGCAAAAUGACGUCAUCGCCUCCUAAAAGGUUCUAGGUACUGUGAAUAGUUCCUACAGUGCGAAAGCUGCUUAAGACUAUCAAGAACUUCGCUGCUGAGUGAGCGAAAGCUUGGUCAUGGGUUUUGCAACAGGAUAAUGACCCAUAACACGGUUAAAAACUCACAAGAAUUGCCCAGAGUUUUUCUGAAGAGGCCUUCUAUGAACCCUGUGAGCCCUAAAUCCUAUUGAUUAUCUGUGGAAGGACCUGAAACAUGGUAUAUGAAGAAAACAAGCACCCUUGACGCCAAAGACAAAUGGAACAGAGUCCUCAUGAAGAUUAGGCCAAAAUACCUGUUGAUAGGUGCAGAGGUCUUAUUGAAAGGUUCUGCAAUCUCCUUUUCUGACACCAACUACAAACCGUCAUUCCUGCCUGAUGAGGAACUCAAACACCUUAUUUUGAAGGCUGCAGAUGGGUUCCUGUUUGUAGUCGGCUGUGAUCGUGGGAAAAUUGUUUUUGUCUCUGAGUCCAUCACGAAGAUAUUAAAUUAUAGUCGGGUAGAACUGAUUGGACAGAGCUUAUUUGAUUAUGUCCACCCGAAAGACAUUGGCAAAGUGAAGGAGCAGCUCUCAGCCUCUGAACUGUACCCACGGGAACGGCUCAUAGAUGCGAAAACUGGUUUGCAGGUCCAGGCUGAACUCCCAGUCGGCGCAGCACGACUGUGUUCAGGUGCACGGCGUUCCUUCUUCUGCCGCAUGAAGUGCAACAAAAACUCAGUCAAAGUUGAGGAGAAUGAAUUUCAGGCCAGCACUUCCAAAAAGAAAGAGUCACAGAAGUACUGUACAGUCCACUGUACAGGCUACAUGCGCAGCUGGAACUCCAGCCAGCUGGAAGCAGGGGGCGAGGGUGAUGCAGAUAAGCAGGAUAGUUCUCUCUUCAGCUGCCUGGUGGCCGUAGGGCGCAUACACUCUCACUCAUCCCCCCAUGUUAAUGGAGAUUUCCGGGUCAAGCCCACAGAGUUCAUCACACGCUAUACCAUGGAUGGCAAGUUCACCUUUGUUGAUCAAAGAGCAACAGCCAUUCUUGGUUACCUUCCCCAAGAAUUGCUUGGAACUUCAUGCUAUGAGUACUUCCAUCAAGACGACUUACCGCAUUUAGCCGACCGUCAUCGAAAAGUGCUGCGGAGUAAAGAGAAAAUAGAAACAAACAGCUACAAAUUCAAAACAAAGUAUGGCUCCUUUGUCACUCUGCAAAGUCAGUGGUUUAGUUUUGUAAACCCCUGGACCAAAGAAGUUGAAUAUAUUGUGUCAACAAAUACAGUCAUAUCUAAAACAAGUCGGUCAGGGAAGACUGAACAGUCUUCUAAGACUUUAGAAGACAAUGGAAAGAAAUCUCUUCCAGUAAUACCAGGCAUCUCCACAACUCCGGGAACAAUGAUAUAUGCUGGAACCAUCGGGACCCAGAUUGCCAAUGAGCUGCUUGACUUUAACAGAAUGAACUCAUCACCCUCCAGUGGUAAUGUGAGCCCAUUUAGUCUGCCGCUGGACAAAUCUCCACUCACAACAACUCACAACCAAGUCAACAACAUUCUGCCAAAUGGGAGUGCUACAGAGAUGGAGAUGCCAGAGAAUUCCAGCUCAGAGGAGGAACCCCAGGGAGCUCUAUUUCGUAGAGGGGAGACACUGAUGGGGGACAACUCACAGUUAGACCUGGAUAGUGUGGUUGAACCAGGCAUCGGUGGUCUCAGCAAUGAUGAAGCAGCAAUGGCAGUGAUCAUGAGACUCUUGGAAACAGACUCAAACUUGGGUGAAGGCGAGGACUUUGAGGAGAUGCACUGGUCUUUAUGAAAUCCAUGGUUAAAAGGCGAAAUGGGGACACAAAAGAUUCUUUUUUUGUUUUUUGUUUUUUUUUUUGUUGGUAUUUAUUUUUAAAUCCUAUAAGCUGUGUGAACGAACAACACUUCUUAGCAGUCAAAUGUGUCGCCUACGAUAAGCAACACCGGCUUUUCUCUUGAGGAGUGCCUCCAAAGCCUUACUGCAAUCUGCAUGCCAUGGAGGUAGUUCUUUGACGCACAGUCCCUGUUUUAUAGUCCCCCUAUCAUGUGAAGGGAUACUUUACUGAAUUUGAAAGAUUCUACUUCACUGAGCCACAACCCGUAGUCCUUUUUGUAAAAUUAACCAAAAAGGCGCGAAAUACAGUUGUAAUCCCAUUUCGCUGUUGGCCAGGAAGCCAGCAUUAGUAACCGGAAGAGAUGUAAUCAAAGGCAGGCUUUUUUGCACGCAGUGCCCUCACCCGUUUUGUUUUAUUGCUGUGAUGGCCAGCAUUUUAGUUGUUUUUCCAAGAAAUUAAAUCGUUUUUAAUUGUAAAAAUUGAUAAUACGUGUUGUGUACGGAAUAAUGGUUAAUAUGUGCUGUGUGGGAAAUUCACACACCUAACACCUAACAUUGCCGAUAUAAGCCUCUAUUUUUCCCGUCCCACCAAGCAGUGAGCUGAAUGGAUUGAGCACAUAGAGUGGGCCAGCCGGUAAGUAUUCUGUUGUUUUGAUCAAAACAUUUUACUGAAAACUCCUCAGACCAAGUGACAAAUGACGUGUUGCCAAUGUAGAGUUGCUAACAGCGACAUUGGAACAAGAAAGUCACGGUUUUAAUAGUUUGUCAAUCGCUAUCAAUGCUGUUAUGUUGAGUUGAGAGGUGUAAUUGUAAGAUAUUUACCAUUCUAGCGCUCUCUCUUGCUUCCUGACGCUCCCUCGCCCUCUCUCUCAUGGUGAAUUUCUGCCCCCGGUUUGAAUUUUUCAUGGUAAAAUCUUCACGGAAUCAUGUUCUUCAGGACUUACUUCCUCCUCUGAGGACUUACUUCCUCCUCUGACCCACUCUUAAUAUCGUAUUCGAUCAGGUCAACGAGUAACGACUGCUGUUUUCCAUUGAUUCUUAUGCCUUCUGCCAGAAUCCUUGGCUUUGACUACAUCAUCGGUUUCAACGAUGCAGAGGCAAACUGUUACAAAAAUUAUUUUUAUUUCAAUAGUUAUGAAUCUGUUUGUCGAGCUAAUUGAAUUCUGAAUGCUCUUUGACAAGAUUCAGUUAUUUAAUUAGUGUGAAAAACCAUGAUAGGGGGACUUUUAUAAUUUGUAAAGCCUCAGUAGUAAAUCUAUACUGUUAAAAGAACAGUAUCCAAAAAAAAAAAAAACUGCUUUUGGAGUCCUGCAUAUGUUUUCCACUUACACUUGAAAACAGGAAGGGAGUGAUGCAAAAAUGCACUGUAUUGACAUCAUUUUCUUUUUACAUUGAAAUUUGAUUUAAAGGGAACCACAGAUAGAAAGACUUGCAGUUCUUAAAAUAUAAAUGUUAGUAUGAGUUAUAGUAAUUCAAUAUUAAAAUCCCUCUUGAUGUUUUCGUUUUUAUAAAAUUUGUAAAAUUAGUUUAACCAGUAGGUCGCCAUUGCUUUUGACGGCGCAAUGCACUGCGGGCGGUGACGUCAACGAGCGGCGCUGCCAGGCUUCUGGAGUAUGACUAGCGACAUAAACAUGUCAGCUGUUCAGCCCUUUCAGUUUAAACCCGAAAGGAACAUUAAUGAGCAGGACAGCACUUUCGAUAUUUCACAAAACGAGCAGCAAAAGCAAAAUGAACAGGAAAAACGGGAUGACACGAAAGUAGGACAAAACCGGUGUUCUGCCAAAAUGUGCUACACCCGCGAAACGUGCUACAAGAGGUGAAUUUGACACCCAAAGUACUACCGUGUGCUUUCAACUUGUUUUGUUUAGAUGCAUACAGGCAGAACUUACUAAAAAUGCCGAAAGAAAAUACUUAAACGUAGUAAUGUCAAAUAAGGGUGGUCUAAAUACGCUACGUGACUAAUGUGGCCAACAGAUCAAAAAUCUGCUUUAAGGGUACCACAAGAAAACACCAUGCUUGAAAGUAUGAGAGGGAAUCACAUGCAAAAAAAUAUUUUUGGGUAACGAAAAGAUAAUACAAGACUCAAUACAAACACAAAUACGAAAUACUUGCUGCUUUUAACCAAUGUGCACAUGUGUGGGAUGUCUUGCCGCGCAGAAGGAAUUGCAUAACACCGGUGACUUAAUGUGGAAGUUUUUCUAGUGAAGGUAACAGCAGUCGACUCCGCACUGUCGCUACACGCAUGUAGCGUUCAAGGUCACACUGUUUAGUAACAUUAACUGGCACAACAAGGACCAUGUUAUUUUUUUCUAUAUCAGUAGUAUGUGUAUUGUUUAUAUAAGUCCUCAGAUGAAAACCAACAAAUCUGUUACAGUCCGCGAAUGCAGACGCGAGCAGACAACAAUAACGGAGGGAUUACGUAAAAGGGUUUAUUGAACAAACAAACAACACGCGAUCGCAAAAAGGGAGACAAAAAAAGGGUCGGUAACAGUUGGUCGGGAUCGAUUAAAAAAACUUCUUUUUUUUUUAAACCGCAGACGAACGAAAAAAACCAAGGCAAGGAUGCAACCACAAACUGUCAAAUGGCAGAAAGUCAAUAUUAACCGAUCCUAGGCAUCCCGCCUAGGAUCCAUUUGAAGACACUGCUGAUGAGUAAGAAUUGGAUGCAGGUACGGCGUCGGGAACUCAUCCCACAGCUCUGCAAUAAAACAAUCUGACCAGCAGCAGAAUGUCAAAAAAUCCUGCUAGUCGUCACACUAGCUUCGUGCGUAUGGAGCACAGCUGUUUUCCCAGUCCAGCCCAACCGCGUCAUCCCCCUCAGUGUGCAUUGCGCGCAUAAAAUAUGGUGCCCAAGUACGUCAAAACAGCUACUAAAUAUUAAAGAUUUUUAAAUCAAUGGCAAAAUUUUAUGUGUUUCGAAUAGUAUAUUUUAGUAAAAGAACAAUUGUGGCUUAUUAGAGCCUACAAGUCUUGAAGUCCGAGGUUCCCUUUAAGUGGAGCAUGUUUGUAAACUUUACCCUUCCUAGUUGAUACUCAGGAGUGAUUGGGGGGCAAGAAGCCACCCAAUCUAAUACAGCCAGACAGUUCUUAGCAACUGUAGCAGUAUUUAACAUUUUACACUAUUUCCCUACAUACUUCAACUUGAAAUAUGUAACUGUUGUGUUCACAUGUGCAACUGUGUUCUUAAUUGUCUGUUUAACAAUAACCAGUUAUAUUUUUUCAUGUUAUUGCAGUGACAGUUAUAAAUCCUUCGAUUUAAUGAAUUAUUUAUAUUCUGCAGUCAGAAUGCAUUCCAUAAAUGUUUCAAGUAUUCCCCUUUUCCUAGUUAUUGUCCCUCCAAUUAUUAUACAGUCACAUUUUUGUUACUGUCCUGUGAUCUUGACAUUUGAAUGACUCUUUCAGUCAGUUACCUCAUGUUGUUUAUUCCACAGUUGACAUUGCACACAACACACUAAACGGGCACGGCUUGUGUGGGACAUUGUGGCUGUUUGACCAGAUGGCUUUAUGGGUUCAAGUUGGCUCAAAUUACAAAACACUAUUACAGUUAAUACCUUUUGGGAGUUGAAUCCGAAAGUUAUGAAUAUUGGACUUAGGAAAACGCCCUACUUAUUCACAAUGUUGUUUUGUCAUCAUAGGGUUUAAUAGGUUUUAAAGGCAGGGACUCAUUCUUCCACAUGAAACCCACCCAAGCAUGCUUUGCCUCAACACAUGGGCACAGUCAUGCUAGAACAAAAUGGCGUCUUCCCUAAAAAAGCAUAAGAUUAUGGAAGAAACAUCUUGAUUAAAUUAAAGGUAAAACUCACAAAUUCAACCCCUCUUUGAUAGAUGUGAGAUGUAGAUACUUCUCAAGACUUAGGUAUUUUGUCUCAUUUUGUUUUUUGAAAUUAUACCUUUCAUCAUUCUGAAAUGAAAGCAUUGUGCGCUCAUCUGUUACCUUGAUAGGCAUUUUGUGUACAUAUGUGUUGAUGAAGGCCUUCCAUGUUUCAGUCCAUUUUGUUUGCGAAGGAUGAGAUUUGUUAAAAUACGCACAUAACUGUAUACCAUUUUGUCACUGAAACCAACAUGGCCAAAGACUGAGUACCAGCUGAGAUAUUUAUUGUAAUUCCAGGUAUCUAUGCUGCCAUUGGUCCUACUGGUAUCCUUCUGGGACAAUUAGAUGUUUUAUAAUAACUUUGACUUGUGACGAAUGUGUCUCUUGUCAUAUGCUUGAAGUGCAAAGGGCCCACUGAUAAAACAUCCUCAUGGUCUCCCAUGCUUUUGUCCAAAGUGCCUUUGGACAUUUCCAUGUUGACACGCAAUAAGCUGGUCUGUGUUAUGUUUUCAUGUGUGGACACGUCAGCUGACUGAAAGGAGGGCUACUUGUACAGUAUGAUGUUCAAAUGCAUCUCUGGAUUUGACUUGAAACCACGUCGCAUGUCAUGAUUUGGAUAAAAACAGGCACUGUGAUGGUGGCUGCUGCAUUAACUACCUGACCGAACUUGGAAAGCAGGGCAGUUUUUCCUCCAGUCAUAAACUCAUCUAUUAGAUCACCUCCUUUGUACGUCCACUCUACUAAUUCAAUCAUUGCACUGGUUGUAGCUCUUAAUCCUCCCAUUGUUGUCUGUCUGCAUUCGAGCUUUUCUUCCGAGUGAUGAACCUUGCAGAAAAUGUUCAUAUUUUACCUUUUUUGUGAAAUCAUAGAUCUUGUCUGCUCAUAUGUUUUGGUUUUAUAAAUGUUCUCCCUAGUUGCAUGGUGGUUUUUUUUUUCCUUUUUUGGGGGGGUGGGGGUGGGGCUUCAUGACAGACUGUCCCUGGUGUGCAUUUAUAGAAAUAACUGCCCAGGCAUAGGACCUUUUGAGUUUGUUUUGACACAUUUAUAAAACAUGGUACUGUUUUCAGCCACGUUCUGCCACUCGAGUUUACUCCUUGAUGUUGGCUCGAGUGGAAGCCUGUACUGUAUUUGUGUCUGUGUGGCGUACUGCUGCCGCGUUUAACAGGUGUGGCAUCUAUUCCCAGCCCGUCUUGUUAAUAAAUGUUAGUUUACUAAACUCCCAAUGUGACCC